ACCGCGUUGAGGAGAGAACGUGUCUUAUAAAUAACUCAAUCGCGCGUUUUGCACUCUACGUAUUCAUCAUAACAUAAAAUCAAACAACUGGUUUAAAAUAUAUCUCGUAAAUUGUCAUAAAUAUACUGUAAGUGGGACGAUAUUUUUUCUCGGUUUCGUGAUAAAAAAAACUAAUAACGAUAAGUUAUUUUUCAUGGAGAAUUAAAAUAAUGGUAUAAAAAUAUAUAAAUAUUUUCUAGUUUUGUUUUAAUUUUAAUUUUUAUAUUUUAAAAUGAUGAUGGCUAGUGCGAAAUUGAUUAGAGACUGUAGCUCGGAGCUAAGUUCCGAUGUACGGUCUCUUUCGGUGGCAUCUUCCACGGAAGAGCAGGAGUCCACCACCACGGACACUGAAUAUUCUGAAGAAGAGAAAGAAUACGAAUUAGAAGAUCUCCAAAUCUUAAAAACUAUCGGAACCGGAACUUUUGGCCGUGUAUGUCUCUGCCGGGACAAAGCCGCGGACGAAUAUUUGGCUAUGAAAAUUUUGUCCAUGGCAGAUGUUAUCCGUUUGAAACAAGUGGACCAUGUCAUGAACGAGAAGAGCAUUUUGGCAGAAAUCAAUCAUCCUUUCAUAGUUAAUUUACGAUGGUGGACACACGAUGACUCCUGCCUCUACAUGCUGUUCGACUACGUGUGUGGUGGAGAACUAUUCUCUUAUUUGAGAAACGCAGGCCGUUUCAGCAAUAGUAUCGGCAAUUUCUAUGCAGCGGAAAUUGUAUCUGCAUUGGAAUAUCUUCAUGCUAGGAAUAUUGUAUACCGUGACUUAAAGCCAGAGAAUCUUUUGCUCGCAAAGGAUGGUCACUUGAAAAUCACGGACUUUGGUUUUGCGAAAAAAUUGACAGAUCGAACGUGGACGCUUUGCGGUACACCGGAGUAUCUUGCACCUGAAAUUAUACAGAGCAAAGGUCACAACAAGGCUGUCGAUUGGUGGGCUUUAGGAGUACUCGUGUAUGAAAUGCUCGUGGGUUAUCCCCCUUUCUACGACGACAAUCCCUUUGGAAUUUAUGAGAAAAUUCUUAAUGGUCGCGUGGAUUGGCCGCGACAUCUCGAUCCCGUCGCUAAGGACAUAAUCAAAAAACUAUUGGUACAGGACAGAACUAAGAGACUUGGCAACAUGAAGUGUGGUUCGGAAGACGUGAAACGGCACAGAUGGUUCAAACAUAUCGAUUGGGCUGAUGUAUACAUGAAGAAAUUACAGCCUCCGAUCAUGCCCUCUGUGUCUUACGAAGGGGACACAUCAAACUUCGACGAGUACCCUGAAACAGAUUGGAAAGCCGUGCGGUCGCUUGAUCCUGACGAAUUGAAAUUAUUCGCUAACUUUUGAUGUACACUAGGAUAAGACGUAUACUAGAUAAAUAACGAGUUAGUAAAUGUUUGAACAAACAUUUUUAGUGAAUCCUAAUAAUAAUAAAUAAAAUCGAUUUAUAAGUAUCGAUAAGGAAAAACAACAAGAAAACAUGGAUUCGAGUAAUGCUGGUAUAAUUCCAUUGGUAUUAACGUAUCAGAUGAAUACCAUUUAUUACUGCGUGUUAGAAAUUUUGUAAAAUAGAUUACUAUUAAAAAUAUUUAAUUAAAAACGAAUAGAAUCUGAAAAGACGGGGGAGCUAAGUCUUGUCUAAAUAUUAAUUAGAUUACAAUAAUAGACUUUAGUAUAUUAAAAACCAUAUUUUUAUAGUAUAGUAGAUUAUAUACUGUAUAGUAUAGUAGAUUACUUUGUAACUUAAUUUUCUCAAGGUAUCAAGUUGUGGAUAAUAAGAAAUUACGUUAAAAAUAGUUAACGUUAAUCAUUAAUUUACUGUCACUUAACUGGGCUAAGGCUCCCUCUCUUUUAAAGGUGAUGGUAUAGAAUUCCACCAUACUGCUCUAUUGUAGGUAGAUACACAAGUGGUAGAUUUUUAUUUAUCCUAUGCAUUUCCUUCCGAUGUCCCGUCGAGCACGAGAUGUAUUACAAACACAAGCGCAUGAAAAUUCAGUGGCACUUACCGGGUUUGAACCUUCGAUCUGUGCUUAAGAUUCUUUACUUCGAACCACUAGGUCAUCGGCUUUUGUAAUUGUAUUCACUUAGCGUAUUAAGCGAUAGCAUUAGUUGUCAUAAUUCCAAUGCUUCAUAUUACUGACAUGAAUCUGUUUGGAAGAUUUUAAAUAUAAAUGAGUCAGUGUCCAACGUUUGUGAUUUAUAGUAUUAAUUAUAUUUGUUAAAUAUUCACAUUGCACUAGCUUUUUAUAAAUGCAAUUAAAUUAAGAAUGAUGCUUAUUUAAAAGUUUCAUAUUUUUUUUAUAUUAUAUAAAGCGUAUUAACAAAAUUAUUGAUAGUUUAAUUUAUUGUAAUGCAUAUACGUAUAUUUAUUAUUAUGUUAUUUAGCUUUGAUUAGUUUUGGUCUUGUAUUACGUUCUAUUCCUACUACGUAAUACUUUUUAUUUAUUGAUUAAUUUAUUUAACAGUUUCAUUUAUAUUAAAUACAUUUAAAUUCAAAGAUGAAAUGAUAUUUUUGAUGUUAUAGUUUUUUUUUUAAACUAUCGAACACGUAAAUUGUACAUAAAUAGUUUUAGACCUGUAACUAUUUAUAUAAAAGAAAUUACGAUUAUUAUUUAAAUAUUUUUAAUUAUAUAGGUACAUAUAAUCCCAAAGAAAUUACGUAUAGUAAUAACGACUUAAAUAGGUAUAAAAUUAGUGGGCAUUGCGAUGAUGUUAUUCGGAUACGACGAAAAUACGCAAGGAAGAUCAAAAAAGGAAGAAAAUGCCUCUAUCAUAUUGAGCUUGUGACCUCCGGAUUAGCCUUAUAAUUUACCCACUGAACCAAUCCUGUGGUAGCGGGAUGGAACUUGUGGUAGAUCUACAUGUCUUUCUUACUUUCCUAGAUCACACAACCACUAUAAUACGAACAUUUUAUGUAUUUAAUAAAUCGUAAUUGUUACAUGUUUUAUAUAAAUGUUUCAUUAGUUUGAUGCUUGUUUAAUGCCAUAUAUUUUUGAAGAAGUGAUCUCUUAGUCAGACAGUAUUGGCUAAAUGGCUACUAAAAUUUAAUAAGAAAACCGACUUGUUUAUCAAAAGUCUCACACGAGCUUUCAUAGCGUAGAUUAUAAAUGUAACAAGGUUGUAUAAAAUAGCACCUAGUGAUUGUAAAUAUGUACCCAAAAAUAAAACAUUUUAUUAAAUAAAA